AUGGAUCAUAUUUUCUUCUGGAAUGCUCAAGGAGCUGGGGGUGAAAACUUCAGGUACUCUAUCCAGGAUCUUGUGAAGAUGAAUAAAGUAGACUUGCUUAUUGUUUGUGAACCUCGAAUCAAGUUCUCUGGUGCUAAGAAAUGCUUACUCUUUCUUGACUUUACUGACUUCGAAGUUAUGGAAGCUAAUGGAUCUUCUGGUGUCAUUUGGUUUUUGUGGAAUAGAAACAAAAUUACUAUUAAUAUUGUUGAUCCUAAUUUUCAGUCUAUUUCAGUUAAGAUCUCUUGGAAUGGCUCUCAUACUUGGCUUUUGAUGGGGAUUUAUGCUAGUCCCUACAACACUUCUAGAAGUGGACUUUGGACUUCUCUUGAUGAUCUGAUUAAGAAACACAAUUUGCCUUGGAUUUUGGUGGGUGAUUUUAAUGAACUUCUCUCUUUUUCUGAUAAGAUUGGUGGCUAUCAACAUUAUAAAUUUGGGGGUUUUCAAGACUGGGUUGUUAGGAAUGACUUGAUUGACAUGGGCUACCAAGGAGUAGAUUUCACUUGGACUAAUAAUUCUGUUAAUGAGAGAUUAGAUAUAAGUUUUUGUUCUAGUGAAUGGAGGCUCCAUUUUCCUGAUGCUUGUGUCAUCCACCUUGCUAGAAUGAAAUCAGAUCACUGUCCUAUAUUAUUCAAUCUGAGGCCUGAUGAUAGGACUUCAAGAGCUAAUUCUCCUUUUAGGUUUCAAGUGAUAGAGUGUUAA